CGAUUGAGCAACUUGCCCUGCACAUCCCUAUCCGCCUCUCUCUGACUCCGGCCCGCAGUGGGGGGAACAAGCUGGGAGUAACGUCCUCCUCCGGUGCAGUCCGCUCCGCUCAAGUUGUCCCGCUGCUUGCAAAGCAAAGCACCGACUGUGCUGUGCAGACAUGGCACCUGUCCUCCAAAUGUUUGCUGUCAUCAUCGCCUCAGCGCUCCUGCAAACUGCGACAUCGGCCCACCUCAAUGACACUAUUUUUGCAGUGACUGUGAGCUCCCAGGUGAGAGGAGGGAAACAGGAGACCCUGUGUGCCCACAUCCACGGCCCCACCGAGCCUGUCUCUCUGACCAUCGCCCUCGAAAUGGACUCUGGCAGAACGGCCAUCCUGGAGGAGGCUGUCGAAAGGGACUUUUACCGCUGCUUAAACUUCCAGGUCCCAACAGUGCGCACCAAAACUGUGGCAACCAUAAACGUCACCAUUCAGGGUGAGAGCGCCUCGAUGAGCAAGAAGUCCAAAAUCCUCAUCGAGCCUCCUGGUUUCAUCCACAUCAUCCAGACUGAUAAGCCCAUCUACAAACCUGGACAGACUGUCCAGUUCCGAAUCGUCUCCAUGGACGCCAAUUUCAUCCCCGUCAGUCGAGUGUACAAAGUGGUGGAGCUGCAGGAUCCCAAUUCAAACCGCAUCGCCCAGUGGUUGGAUAGGACACUUGUUAGCGGCAUCCUUGAUCUUUCCCACCCCAUGAUUCCUGAGGCGGCACAAGGAACCUACAUGAUCACCGCAAUGACAAACAAAGGAGAGCAAAUUUCCCACAGCUUUGACAUCAAGGAAUACGUUUUGCCAAAGUACGAGGUGAAGGUUCAUCUACCCAGUGUGAUCACCAUCCUGGACAAAGAGGCAACGAUUAAGAUUUGUGGAAAAUACACAUAUGGUAAACCUGUUGUUGGUUCAGUGAAGGCAACGAUUUGUCGAAAUGCCGUCAGGUUUUACUGGUAUUCAAGUGCCCAAGAAAGUGACCUCUGCAAGACGUACGACUUGACAACAGAUAAAGAUGGUUGUGCAACACAAAUUGUGAACAUGACAGAGUUUUCCCUCGACAAGAACAUGUACGAUGACAGCUUUGAGGUGGAUGCGGAAAUGGAGGAGUACGGCACAGGGGUCAUUCUCAAAGGCAAUGGGCGGACCAGCUUCAGCAGUCACAUCAGAACUGUCACCUUCGAGGACGUACCUGCAGCGUACAAGCCUGGCAUCCCAUUGGAGGGAAAGGUCAAAAUGGUCGGUGCAGACAACAAAGCUGUUGCCAAUGAGGAGGUGUAUCUGUUUGUUGGCGAUUCUCAAAACGAAACGCUCACGACAGACAUGAGAGGCAUGGCUUCAUUUUCUUUGGACACCGGCGACUGGAAGGGCACCUUAACUCUGAAGGCGAAGUCUAGAAAGACGGAGGACACUGAGCCAUAUGUGGCCAAUCUGCGCAGACCAGAGUACAGAUCGGCCUAUCACCACGUCUCAGCAUUUUACUCUAAGAGCAAUAGUUUUCUGAAGCUCAUGCAGGUGAGCGGGAAGAUCUCCUGCGACAAAGAUGCGACUGUACGUGCUCAGUACAUCAUCCAGGGGGAGGAGCUAAAGAAGGGACAGGAAGUCCUCGACUUCUUUUACCUGGUGAUGUCCAGAGGUGGAAUUGUGCAGCACGGUCAUGUCUCAGCAGCUGUUAAAGCAGGAACAGUCAACAAAGGAGAGUUGUCCAUACCGCUUAGUCAGGUUACAAACCUGGCACCGUUUGCCCAGGUGGUGGUUUACACUGUGAUGCCCAGUGGAGAGGCUGUGGCCGAUAGCCAGGACUUCCCCAUUCAGCUCUGCCUCAAUAACAAGGUGUCUCUGAAGUUCUCCUCGCUGCAGGAGCUUCCUGCAGAGAAGACCACGCUCAAUCUCCAGGCUCACCCAGGCUCCAUGUGCUCUGUCAGAGCCAUCGACCAGAGCGUCCUCCUGCUGCAGCAAGAGCAGGAACUCACUGUCGACUAUGUGUACAGCCAGCUGCCUGUCCAGAGGUUGGUUGGAUACAACUUUGAUGUUGAGGACUUUGAGCCAUAUCCCUGCUUCCCUGUGCCGAUGCCAGAGCCAGAGCCUGAACCAGAGCCUGAACCAGAGCCUGAGCCUGUACAAGAACUAGAAGAUGUGGAUGCAGCUGGUCGAUCGAAGCGCUCGAUCUACUUUGGACCGCCCAGUGGGAAGAAUGAUGUCUACAGCAUCUUUAAAGAAAUUGGAAUCAAAAUUGUGACCAACUCCGAUGUGAAAAAACCUCACAACUGCCUUGAAAGGAACUAUGAGUUAUUUUUCUAUGAUGCUGAAGAAACACUUGGCGAUUAUAGAAUGUUUGGAAAUGCUGAAGACCUAAUAGUUGGAAGUGUCCCGAUUGAAAUGGCGAGUGAGGAUGAAGUGGCAGAGGCUGGAAAGACCAAGGAAACUAUCAGAACAUACUUUCCUGAGACCUGGAUCUGGGAGCUGGUUUCCGUUGGAGACAGUGGGUCAGUGAACGUGGAGAAGACGGUCCCUGACACCAUCACUAAGUGGGCGGCUGGAGCUUUCUGUGUCUCCUCUGUGGGCUUCGGCGUGUCGCCCAACAUUGGACUGACGGCCUUCCAGCCGUUCUUCGUCAGUCUCACGCUGCCCUACUCCGUCAUCCGAGGGGAGGUGUUCACACUCAAAGCCACUGUCUUCAACUACCUUUCCAAAUGCAUCAUGGUGAGAGUCACACUGGCUGAUUCAGACCAGUUCACCUUCAGAAACUGUGAAGGCUGCCAGUACAGCGUGUGUUUGUGCGGGGAGGAGAGCAGGACCUUCUCAUGGAUUGUGACUCCAACCGCCCUAGGUCAGGUGAAUCUGAAGGUCAGCGCAGAGGCCCUGAAGACUGACAUACUGUGUGGCAACGAGGUGGCCACCGUCCCCGACAUGGGCCAAAUCGACACCGUGGUCCGCACCCUGCUGGUGGAGGCUGAAGGAACGCCACAGAUGGUCAGUCACAACGCCCUCCUCUGUCCUGCAGACGGACCUGUGGAGAAGAAAAUCUCUCUGCUGAUGCCUGAGAUGUUUGUGGCUGGAUCAGCCAGGGCCACUGUCUCUGUGCUGGGUGAUCUGAUGGGCCGGGCCAUGAAGAACCUGGACAAGCUCCUGGCCAUGCCGUACGGCUGCGGGGAGCAGAACAUGGUGCUGUUUGCGCCCAACAUCUUCAUCCUCAACUACCUGAAAAGCACCGGUCAGCUGACCGAGGAAAUUCAGGACAGAGCGACACGCUUCCUGGAGAGCGGAUAUCAGAGGGAACUCACCUACAAACAUGACGACGGCUCCUACAGUGCCUUCGGGAAGAGCGAUGAGUCUGGAAACACCUGGUUGACCUCUUUUGUGAUGAAGUCCUUUGGCGGGGCGAGACCAUACAUAUAUGUGCACGCCAAGCACAUUAAAGAAGCCAGGAGGUGGCUCUCCAAACACCAGCGGCCCGACGGCUGCAUCAGAUCUGUGGGGAAACUCUUCCACAACGGCAUGAAGGGAGGAGUGAGCGACGAUGUGUCCCUGACGGCCUACAUUACUGCAGCCCUGCUGGAGCUGGACACCAACGCCACGGACCCCAUGGUUCAGAACUGCCUCAACUGUCUCAAAAAAGCAAUGGCAGGCCAGAUGGACAACUUGUACACCACCGCCCUGCUGUCCUACACCUUCACCCUGGCCGGAGACGAGGAGAUCAGGAGCAAACUCAUCGCUUACCUGAACGCAAAGUCCUCCACAGAGGGAGGCACCCGACACUGGGAGAGAGCAGGGGCAUCUGGGAAAGGCCUGGACUCUUUGGAGGUGGAGAUGACCUCCUACGUGCUGCUGGCUCUGCUCUCUGGUCCGGCCAUACCAGAGUUUGGUCUGGAUUACUCCUCCGGCAUCGUCCGCUGGCUCGCCCAGCAGCAAAACCCAUAUGGGGGCUUCUCUUCCACACAGGACACUGUGGUGGCCCUCCAGGCUCUGGCUAAGUACGGCGCUGCCACCUACAGCGCGGAGGGCAGCACUACAGUGACGGUGACGUCGUUAGGAGGCCUGAACAAAGAGUUCACGGUGGAUCAGCGCAACAGGCUGCUGUACCAGGAGGAGAGGCUGAGCGAGGUCCCUGGAGAGUACACGAUCAAAGCCCAGGGACAGAGCUGCGUGCUGGCACAGAUCUCCAUGCAUUACAACGUCCCUCCUCCCCCCGACUUCUCUGCCUUCAACAUCUCCACCAACACCAUGGCCAAAUGCAACACCAGCAGGCCUCAGCUCAUCCUCUUUGUGCAUGUCAGGUACCAGGGCAGGAGAGAGGAAACAAACAUGGUCAUCAUCAACAUCAAGCUGCUGUCUGGAUACAUUCUGGAUAAGAGCUCCCUGAAGCUGCUGAAGAGCGACCGUUCAGUGAAGCGUGUGGACGUGGAGGAAGGAUACAUCAACAUCUACUUAGAUGGGUUGAAGAAGGACGAGACAAAGAUACACAGUGUGACAUUAGAGGAGGACGUUCCUGUCAGGAACCUGAAACCAGCUGUGGUCAAAAUCUACGAUUACUACCAGACGAGUGAUGAGGCGGUCACUGAGUACACCUCCCCCUGUGCAGAGAGUGACGUCCUCAACCAGCUGUAAAAUCCACCUGUAGAUCCUUCAGACGGGACUUCUCUCAGUUGGAACAAUCACUGUGUCAGAAAGAAACUUCUAGAUGUUUAUUUUUUUCUUAGACUGUUUCUGUAUAAUUUUUUUUUACUCCUUUUAAACUUUUUAGCUGUGUUUCAAUGUGAGUCCACUUUUUAGGAACAAACGUGUUCUUUCCUUUUUUAGCUUUUUGAUUGUCUUUGCUCUACUUGGUGUUUUAUGGUAGGUUUGUCCUCGUCCUCCGAAUUAUGUCUGUUAAUAAUGAACCGAUAAUUAGUCAGUGUGAGAAUCUGUUCAGAAUCAACACAGUAGUUACUGCUGUCCCUCCUCAACACUGGAUCCUUCACAUUAUAACCCACUGAGUUCAAGAAAAGCAAACGAUGUUCUGUAACAGUUCUGUUUUUAAUAGAUUCGACAAAAUCCAUAUUAUUCAUACGUGAAAGUAACGCAUGAGACAUACAGGGUACCAAUAACACAGUAUGGUCCGAGUACUGAUUGUGUGUGUGAGUGUGUGUGAAACAGGAUCUACGUUCUAGAAAAACAAAAGUACAGUCUCAUGAGUGCUUGGUGAGUUAUUGUGUGUGUGUUGGUGUGUGUGUGUUUGUGUGUGUACAGAUGUGUGUUCUGCUGUACCAGUAAAAAAGAAAAAGGUAGAUUGAUACAUCACUACCAUACAAUUUGAAAUGUAACUGACUGACAAUAAAAUUUCUAAAAUGACAAAAAUAAGUAAAAA